GUACAUACUACACCCUCAGUUUGUUCUCAUUAAUCGUUUGCUCUUUUUUUUUCUGGGCUCUUUGCUCCACCUAUGCCAGUAAAUUUCAUGCAGGGUCUGGUUAAUCAUAGGCCACCAAAUAUAUCUAUGCAAGUCCAUCAUUCGCAUCUUGAGUUUUCCCUUUGAUUUUGAAUGGAGAUUCACGGGAUCUGGUAGUUUCCUCUCACUGUCAACCAUCAGCUUUUAUACUCCACAUGAAUUCAAGAUGAAGUCCGUACUGGAGCGGACCUUCCUUGUCUCCCCCCUUUCAUAUUCUUCUGUUUCCUCUUCUCCAUCGUUGGCUCAGUAACCAUGAAUGACAUUGAAAAAGAAUCAAGUUCCCCAGAACUCGUAUACAGCACUGAGGACUUCACUGUCGCUGCGCAAGAAGAUGGCGUAUCCGCCGCAUAUGAAGCAAAGAGUCGGCUUAUCAACGAGCACCUCCAGAACGAAAUUGGUUUCGGACGUUAUCAGCUUCAGUUGUUUAUGUUGACCGGGUUGGGUUGGGCUGCUGAUAAUAUUUGGCUUCAGGGUGUAGCUAUCAUCCUUCCCCAAAUUCAAUUAGAGCUUCACCCUGUCAGAGUCGAAUUUACGACCCUCUCUCUAUAUGUCGGUCUCAUCUUGGGAGCAAGUACAUGGGGCAUCCUUGCCGACUUGAUAGGUCGUCGUCUGUCGUUCAACAUCACUUUGUUUAUUGCCGGCGUUUUUGGGGUAGCAGCAGGUGGCGCAAAUAACUUUACAACCCUUGCUGCGUUGGUCGCUUGUACGGGUUUUGGCGUGGGUGGAAACUUGCCUGUUGAUGGUGCUAUAUUCCUGGAAUUCAUACCCCAGUCGCACCAGUGGCUUCUGACGCUCCUGUCAGCCUGGUGGGCCCUUGGCCAGCUAUUCGCUUCGUUGGUCGCUUGGCCAUUGAUCGGGAACUUCUCGUGUACUUCAGCCGAUGAUUGCCCGAAGUCUAGCAAUAUGGGUUGGCGUUACACCUUAGGAGGAGUAACCCUUAUCAUGUGGAUCCUUCGAUAUAUUGUGUUCGACCUUCAAGAGUCACCGAAAUAUCUUAUCAGUAAGGGCCAGGAUGAAAAGGCUAUCAAGGUUUUGGAACACAUUGCUCGUGUAAAUGGGAGAACGAUCACUCUUACAGUUGAGAGUUUGCGAAUCGUAUCAGGAACCCAAGAUGCUACCUCAACUCCGUUGACUACUCGGCAGCUUAUCAAACAAUCUUUCUCGUCAUUCUCCCUGUCGCAUGUCACUCCUCUAUUUUCCACAAGACGGCUAGCAAUCAACACCACCAUUACCAUUCUACUAUGGGGAUUAAUCGGGCUAGCAUACCCUCUGUUCAAUGGGUUCAUCACCUUAUACCUCACCACACAAGUCCCUUCUGAUUCAAGCGUCUCCACGACAUAUCGAAACUAUAGUAUUAUAUCUGUAUUGGGAGUGCCAGGAUCUAUCAUCGCAUGCCUUGUUGUCGAUUGGACCCGAAAGAACAAAUCAGCAUUCGCGAUGGGAGGUCGAAAAGUUACUAUGGCGGUCUCCACGGCACUCACAGGUGUUUUCUUGUUCUUAUUCACGACGAGUAAAACAACGGCCGCUGUGUUGGGAUACUCCUGUGCUUCUGGAUUAACUCAGUUAAUGUAUGGCGUCCUUUAUGCUUACACCCCCGAAGUUUUCCCUGCACCUCACCGAGGCACUGGCGAUGCAUUAUGUUCUGCCUUUAAUCGGAUUACUGGCAUCCUCGCCCCGGUCAUCAAAAUUGUGACCACGACUGCAGCUGGGACGGCAGCCAACGAUGCCGCUAAUGGGCCUAUAUUUGUCUCUGCAUCCUUGUUCCUGGUCGCAGCUAUGUUGAUGCUCUUCUUGCCUAUCGAGACUGCUGGGAAAGCUGCCUUGUGAAACGCCUUCGGACACGAAAGUCUUCUAUUCAUGUUUCCAAAUAAUCACGACUCCGAGGGAAUCAAGCACUUUUUGUUGCUUAACUACAUGAAUUGUACACCUUGUUUUCUAUAGUUGAAAUUUCGUACCUUAUGCCUGCAUGCGAAAAGUAAUGGUUUCAGAAUUCGACGCUUUGUAUAUAGUUUCGCCAGAGAUUAUCCGUAGUUCUUAAACAGGUGGAGAAUAUGAAUCGUGAGUUCUAAGAGGAAGGUGAUUCAUAUCUUGGUGAUCAACACUAGUGUAUC